GGCCUUUGGGGCAGUGAAGAUGAUAACUGGGACGAUGCCACUGCUGGGUUUGUCACUGUUCACAAAGGAGCUCCGGACGGGCUCACCUGGCAGCUCUGCUGCGCUGCCACCGGGGCCGGGUGGCCGCAGGGUGACAGGGUCUUGUCUUCCCCCUCAGCUUUCACUGAUUCUCGUGCCCCCGGUGGCGUGGGAGGGUUUUUUGGGGAAACCAGGUCAGAGCUGGGUGUUGGGUGAGGUGCAACCCCAGCGGGGCAAACCCCAAACCGGAGAUGGGCACAGCUCGUGUCUGUCCCCAGGGAACCACGUCUGUCCCCUCUGUGCCUCAUCCAGGACUCACAACACCGCUCGGGGCUGCAAGACUCCCCCAGAAAGCUCCAAAAUGGGUGCAAACCCUCCGAGGAAGUGCUGUACCUGUCCCCAAAGCCACGGCUGGGACCGCACUCUUCCGGAGCAGGGAGGAGCUCGGCGGCAGCAGCGCUGGGCUGCUCCCGUUCGGAAGGAGAAGAAACUCUUUUUUAGGGCGGUUUCAUUAAAAAAGAAGAAGGGGGUGGGGGGGAGCCCAAGCCCUGAGCUGGGCUGGAAACUGCAGCGACAGGAAGGAAGUGCAGUGGGUUAUUUCGGGCUGCAUUGGCUGCUCGGGGCAAGGCUCGGCUCCUCUGUGCGCUGAUAGCAGCCCCUCGUGAACAAUGGGGUCGUGGGGCCCUUCCCGGCAGGAAAAAGGCUCAAACGGCUCAUUCCGGUGAGAUCUCCCGCUGCUGCUGACUCAGCAGGUCCUGCCGGGCCGGCUCUGGUGCGGAGGGUCCGGGGGAACCGUCCCGAGCAGCGGGAGCCAGCAGGAGAGAUGGACACCUUCAGCACCAAGAACUUGGCCCUGCAGGCCCAGAAGAAGCUCCUGAGCAAAAUGGCCACCAAGACCAUCGCCAACGCCUUCAUCGACGACACCAGCAGCGAGAUCCUGGACGAGCUGUACCGGGCCACCAAGGAGUACACCCACAACCGCAAAGAGGCGCAGAAGAUCAUCAAGAACCUCAUCAAGAUCGUGAUGAAGCUGGGGGUGCUGUACCGCAACGGGCAGUUCAGCCCCGAGGAGCUGCUGCUCAUGGAGCGCUUCCGCAAGAAGGUUCACACGCUGGCCAUGACGGCCGUCAGCUUCCACCAGAUAGACUUCACCUUCGACCGCAGGGUCAUGUCCGGCGUGCUGACCGAGUGCCGGGACCUGCUGCACCAGGCGGUCAACGGGCACCUGACGGCCAAGUCCCACUCGCGCAUCAACCACGUCUUCAACCACUUUGCGGACUACGAGUUCCUGUCGGCGCUGUACGGCCCGGCCGAGCCCUACCGCACCCACCUCAAGAGGAUCUGCGAGGGGGUCAACAAGAUGCUGGAGGAGGAGAGCAUCUGAGUGCCCAGGGGGCUCCUGGCAGCCGGGCUCUGCUGCUGCUGUCCCUCCUGCCCCUCUGCAGCGCUCACUCGUGUUCUCCUCGUUCCUCCAAGAGACUGAACCUCUUGACUUUGUCUGCUCCUCGCCCAGGGUCUGCAAACCCCUCCCUGUGCUCUCCUGGGCCCCUCUGUACAGUUUGAUUUUCUUUUUGCCCACCAAGUGCCUUUAGCUCAGAGUCCAAGGGUUUGGACUCUUUGCCUUGAACUCUGCUGUAACCUCUGGGGGGAAACUGAACCAAAGACUUGCAGUGUGAAGCACCUCUGAGGUGUCUCUGAGCAGCUGGGACGGUGUUGGGGUUAAACUCUGAGACUCCCUGGAGCGUUGUGGAACUCCCUGGAUUCCUCCCAGCAGCUCCACAACGUGGUGGGAGCGAAUCACGGCCCAGACUUGUGCUGCCUCGGGCAGGAAGGUGCUGCUGCGUGUCCUCAAAGACAAGUCCUGAGAGCAGGAGAUCCCUGCUCUGCUGGGGGAGCUGGGGGAGCUGCUCCUUCCCUGGAUCCCAGCACACCCAGCUCCCUCCUGGCAGCUCCAGCGCUGUCCUUGGUGGUGACCCAAAGCUCCCCUGGGAUUUCAUCCCUUUUCCCUGCCCCUGACUGAGUGAUGUUCAUUUUUAGCAAACUCUGUAGCCCUGAUGAGUUAUUUAAAUAAACUCACCUGUGUGGCCUGGGAGCUCUG